UUACAGAAUUGCCAGAAAAUCAUAAGACUACGCUCGCUUAGUGCUAAAACAGAUCCCGCGGCCUUAGCACGCGAAGUUGUGGAUAAAUGCGAUUUGAUACAUAAAUCCCAGCUGGCCGAUGUAGAGCAGAUAAUCUUUUAUUUGAAAAAUCGCAAAGACAAUGCCGGAGGUGAUACCCAUGACAGCAAUAGGGGACCACGUUCGGCAAUAGCAUCACAUCGCAGCACCGUUCGACCGCAUACCACAAUGAGCACCAGUAUGUCCUCGUCAACACAUUCAAAGUCGUCCGAUUCAUCGGAUGUAUCCAUUAAUCACAUCGACGAAUAUGUUGAACUGCUCUAUGAGGAUUUAAGUGAACGUAUACGGGGAUCGGCAAUGAUACUGCAGGUGGCCCGGAAUCCAGACAAUUUGGAAGAGCUGGAGAAGAAUGAGGCUUGUCUGAGUGCAUUGUCACGCGUAUUGCGUGAAGAUUGGCGCAAAAGUUUAGAUUUAUCGACAAAUAUUAUUUAUAUAUUCUUUUGCUUCUCAACCUAUACGAAAUUUCAUCCUGUCAUUGUCCAAUAUAAGAUCGGUUCAUUAUGCAUGGAUGUAAUGGAUUAUGAAUUGCGCCGUUACGAAAGUAUGCGUAACGAAUUGGAUAUACGUAAAAAUCCCGGAGGUUCGGCGCCUUUGUCUGCCAAAGCCAGUAAAGAGAAGUUGAAUAAUAGUACGGAUGAUUUUCUCGAUCUCAUGAAUGAAGAAAAACCAAAAGAGAUGGAACCACCCCGACGCCGUAUACCCGAACUGAAACAACGACCCAAAUCGGGUAAUUGGUCCAGUUUUCACAGCUCUAUGUCAUCGUCAUUGAUAAAAAGUCAAAUUUUAAAUAGCAGCUAUCAUGAGGCUCUUUCGGCGGGAGCCCAAACUCCGGACUCAGGUAUCUCCACAAAUGGUGACAUGAAAGCGACCAGUAAUGAGGCUCUCGAUCGCAAUGAUCCCAAAGCAAAAAAGGAAGAAAUCGAGCGUCUCAACAAGCAGUUGAAAUUAUUUGCCAAAAAGCAAGAACAGCUACUGAGGGUGGCGUUCUAUCUGCUGCUGAAUAUGGCCGAAAAUGUAAAGCUCGAAGAGAAAAUGCGUCGUAAAAAUAUUGUCAAAAUGUUGGUCAAAGCUUUGGAUCGACAAAACAUUGAUCUCCUGAUGUUGGUCACGACAUUCCUGAAGAAAUUGUCGAUUGUCGGCGAUAACAAAGAUGAUAUGAGCGAAUUAAAUAUUGUGUCAAAAUUACCGCGGCUCUUCCAAAGUGGUCAUACCGAUUUGGUACAGGUUACCCUGAAGCUGGUGUUCAAUUUAUCCUUUGACGGCCAGCUGAGGAGGAAAAUGAUUGUGGCCGGAUACUUGCCCAUGUUGGUGAUGUUUAUCAAUGAUGAAAAACAUCACAGUAUUGCGGUGAAGAUACUCUAUCACAUGAGUUUGGAUGAUAAGGUCAAGGCCAUGUUUACCCACACCGAAUGUGUCCAAAUGGCCACAGAUGCCAUAAUUUUAAAUCUCAACUCCAAAGUGGAUUUGGACCUCAUUGCCCUAUGCAUAAAUCUCUCUUUGAAUCGUCGCAAUGCCCAAAUUAUGGUGGAGGGUAAUCGCCUACACAGUCUCAUGGAUCGAGCCUUUAAAUACCAGGAUGCAUUACUAAUGAAGCUACUGCGCAAUUUGUCACAACAUGAAUCUCUGCAACCUCUAUUCAUCGACUAUGUUGGCGAUUUGGCUCGAGUCCUCACAAUCUGUGAAGAUGAAGUAUUCCUCGUCGAAUGUUUGGGCAUCUUGGGUAAUCUCUCUCUACCCGAUUUGGAUUAUUCACAAAUUCUACAAAAUUUCCAAUUAAUACCAUGGAUACGAAAUAUUCUAGUACCCGGUGCAAAGUUAGAUGAUUUGGUAUUGGACACGAUUGUCUAUUUGGGUACAUGUGCCCAUGAUGAGCUGUGCGCUUUGCUGUUCUGUCGAGCCAAUGUUGUCCUUUCGCUCAUUGAACUGCUAAAAGCCAAACAGGAAGAUGAUGAAAUCGUAUUGCAGAUCAUAUUCGUAUUCCAACAAAUUCUACGACAUGAAAGUACCCGCGAAUAUAUGAUCAAGGAAACCGAAUCACCAGCUUAUCUUAUCGAUUUGAUGCAUGAUAAAAAUGCGGAAAUUCGUAAAAUAUGCGAUUACUGUUUAGACAUCAUUGCCAUCAGUGACAACGAGUGGGCUAAACGCAUUAAGUUGGAGAAAUUCCGUAACCACAAUUCCCAAUGGUUAUGCAUGGUCGAGUCACAACAACACGAAGACAAUAAUGAAGACUACCAGGAUGAAGAGGAGGAGGAACACGAUUUGGAUAAUUAUCUACGUGGUGAAUAUUUAGAUAAUUGCGAUCUCUAUAAUAGCAACAAUACGCAAAAGGAAUCGGAGGAUGCCGAAAUGGAGAGUAAUAAUAAUAGCAAUAAUCCAGCUAGUCCCGCCAAUUCGAGUUAUAGUCGUCCGGUUAGUAGUUUCCGACGCAGCCAGGAUUUGGAUGACAUCUACAACAUGUCAUUGAGCACCAAAUCUCAAGGUUCCAGCCAGGGCGACUCAACCAGCAAUUAUAUGUUUAAAUCAAAUAAAUCCUUAGAUUCGGAGGGUUUACAUGAAGAGCUUUUACUGGCUUAA